GUUUCUUCCAGUUUGUCGUUGAAGUUGAAGUGGCCCGGAUCAUGCGCAAGGCAACGACCAAGCUCGCGCCGAUCUCGCACCAGCAGUUUGCGUCCCAGUCGUCUGAGGAGCUCGCCGUUUUGCGUGCGAUCGUCGUGCGCGAGGGAUGUCUGGACUACACCCUCGAGCUCACAACCGGCUUCGUGCCGCCGACGCCACCCGCCGACCUCCUCCAAGCGCUUUUGCAGCUGCGCCUGGCAUCCAUUGAGGUCGUCGAAGCCAUUGCGCUCUGGCUUCGCAUCCUCGUGCGUCCCAUGCCGUUUCUGUGGCGCGGGACCAACUACUUGCUGCGCAUGGUUCACGACACGGACUUCGUCGCCAAGAGCUCUCAGGUCGCGGCCGCGCUCGGCGUUGCCCUCCGGCGCCGCAAUCCGUUUUGCACGGCGCCGGGCCUCGACAUGAAGCACCGCGUCCGGGACGUGUCCACUGCGUCCGACCUCGUGCAUGUCAUCGAUCCGAGUGAAACGAACGUCGCGCUGCGCCUCCACCGCGCCGAGCUGCUCGUUCUGCUCGAAUCCGACGGCCACAUGGUGGACAACCGGGCCACAGACGAGCGCUGGUGCCAACUCGCGAAACAAGAAGCCGAAGAAGUGAGCCGCCGACGGUUUGGGGGAUUACAGCACGAGGUACCGUAGGUUGGCGACGUAGAUGAUGCCGUCCAUUUGCAUCUAGUACUCCCUUCAAUGAAUACCGUCGUCCAAUAGAGCACGAUACUGCAUACG